UUGGCCUGGCUCUGUGGCUGCCACUGUUGGUGUAUAUAAGGGGGCAGGCAGGGCACACAACAGGUUUUUCUCGGGGUGGAAAUCGCAAGCCUGAGGUCACGAAACAAAAUGGACAUCGCCAUCCAGCAUCCCUGGUUCCGCCGCUCCUUCUGGCCAUCUUUCUUCCCCAGCCGGAUCUUUGACCAGCACUUCGGGGAGCAUAUGCCAGAGAGCGACGUGUUGACCCCCUAUCCCUCACUGUACUUUUCUCGACCUUCCUUCUUUCGCUGGCCCAGCUGGGUGGAGAGUGGGCUCUCAGAGAUGAAAAUGGAAAAGGACCGUUUUACCAUCAACUUGGAUGUAAAACACUUUGCACCUGAGGAGCUGGCCGUUAAGAUCAUCGGCGAUUACAUUGAGGUUCAUGCUAAACAUGAGGACCGUCAGGAUGACCAUGGAUCCAUCUCGCGAGAGUUCCUCCGAAAAUACCGACUCCCUACUGGGGUCGACCCAGCCAGCAUCACCUCUUCACUUUCCUCAGACAGCAUCCUGAUGGUGACGGCCCCUCGCAAGACCUCCGAUGCUCCGGAGCGCCCCAUUCCUAUCACUCGGGAGGACAAGCCCGCUUUGUCUGGCCCACAAAAAAAGUAAAGCUCUUGCUGUGCAAGUCUGUCAUCCCCAGUCUCCCUUCCACUGUGCUCCCCUACACUUCGCCUCCACCUUCACAUGCUUUGGGGAAGAAUAAGAUUCAAGCCCUUGCCAGCAUUUACCUGGGCUCUGACAAGUCUGGAGUUCUGGCCUUUCCAGAGGCUAAUCUCAAUCAAAGGACAUGUUAUUGUGCUAUUUAGUGAUAACUGCAUUGUUUAAUUUGGUUGGUACAUCUACACAGUUUCUCCAGAGGUACAUCAUUACACCACAGGAGUAUUGUUUGUAUCCCUCAGCUGCUGGUCAUAAAACACAUGGCUCCACAAAACCAAAUGGCAAUAAACAACAGGGCUCUUUGUCUCUCAGAGCUGAUCAAUGCCAAACAAUGGCUGCACGGAGUUGAGAAUUGUGAGGGUUUGAGUGUAGGCAGGCUGGACAUUUGGGCAUUUGUUGUGCUGAUAUGGUGCAAAGACAUCAAAGAAAGAAUAAUAUGAUGGAAUUUCUGACACCGUAAUCUUGUAUCUCAAAGAAGUAAGAAUUAAGAUUGCUGUAUUUUCACCGUUCUUGUGCUUCAACCACAAAAAAACAGAAGUGGUGCUGAAAUUUGCUUUGUGAUUUGACGUUUUCUGUUCAUGAAAGACUUGGGACCAGAGUACUUAUGGAGAUCAGGUGCAGAUAUCGAGGGAAGAGGGGAAACGCAGUGAAGAAAGUGACCUCUUUCUGUUGUUUGUUUCUAAAUGUUUCUGGAGGCACGUCUGUUUAUUGAUUUGGUGUGAUGUCAUGUGGUGUCUGGAAACAUGCUGUUGAGACGGAGUACGUCAGAGAUGAUGCAGUUAGGUAUAGUGAAAUGAGAAUAUGGGCGUACAAAAACAUCUGAUCUAUUGGGUGGUGGUCUUUAGGGCUAUAUCAAAGGUACAGUUGACUGAGAGGUGUUAAGAUUGCUUCUAAAAGUAUAAGACUGAGAGAUUGAGAGAGUGUGUUUGUCUAUAUUCUGUGUAGAGGUAAAAGGUUAUGUCGUAUACCAUCUAUUGUCACCAUCCAUGUUCACAAAGCCUCACAAAAGCACUAUUGACAAAGCUGCUAAACAUAAUAAUGUCAUUUUGUGACAAGAAACACUAACAGACACUUUUGACACAUUCUAACCACUAGGAGGCACAAGUGAAGGGGGCCACACAAGUGGGCGUUUCAUGCACCCGGGCUUGAUGUUGCUAUUUACACUGUUUUGGGAUCAGCUCUUUCUUCCCAGUCUUUUGAAUCACAGUAAGAACAGACUACAAAGCAGGUCUCAGAUCAGUGCAAAGGCCCAAGUCCCUAUGUUCCAAAUGUGUUCACUGCUGCAACAUUCCUCAUGAUUCACAGCAACGUGUAAACAUGACAGCUCCAUGCGUGUGUAAUGAUGGUUACAAACUCUAAUAAAUUCUGUGAUCAUUCUAAGGCAAA